AUGGGAACAAUGAAAGCACCAUGGAAGCAGCUUCUUCUAGACGCAUUAGAAGCAAAUUCCCACCUUAAACACUCUUCUUUCUUACAGCUUGCUACGAUGGGUUGUAAUGGAAGACCUUCAAAUCGCACUGUCGUUUUCAGGGGGUUUCACGAGGAUACUGAUAAGAUACAAAUCAACACAGAUUACAGAAGCCACAAGAUUGAGGAGCUUAAGCAUUGCCCAUUUGCUGAGAUUUGUUGGUACUUCACUGACUCUUGGGAGCAAUUCCGGAUUAAUGGAGCAAUCGACAUUAUUGAUGGAACAAAUCCUGAUCCUAUAAAACUUCAGCAAAGAGAGAAAUCAUGGUUUUCCAGUUCUCUUAGAUCUAGGCUGCAGUAUUUGGGGCCUAAUCCAGGUCUUCCAAGUAUAGAUGAAGAUCCAACCAAAGAAAUUUUUCUCGACAAUUCUAGAGGCCCAGUCGAUGCAUUUUGUGUGCUAAUUUUAGAUCCAGAUCAGGUUGAUUACUUGAAUUUGAAGAGCAACCAGAGGCUAAGCUUUGCAUCUAGACAAAGUGUAAGCGGGGAGAAGUCCUGGACUUCAGGGAGAAUUAAUCCUUAA